CUCGCUUUCUCUCCCCUUUUUCGCGCACAAGGGUCACAUCGCUACUCAUACAGUAUCGACAGCUCUGCACAAUUCUCUAUCCAUGACAUCCAGGAACCUCUCCGCCUCGCCCCUCUCAAUCAGGGGCGCGCUCGUCUGGAGGCACACGCACAGCCGGCCGCCCACCGUCACGCACGAGAGCUGAAACAAACAGCCGUUCUGGCUGUUGGUCACGCCGUAAUACACGCCAUCCAGACUAAUGGGGCCGUACUGCGUCCUCCCCGGCCACACUCCCGCGUUGGACAGACCACACGUGUAGGCACGACCUAAAGGCAUACGAACACACACACGCAUUGAGUCCCAGAUUGAUCAUCGAAUGUCGACUGCCACCCGCUAACUCACCAUGGGUCUGCUCCGAUGCAGCGGCCUUUUCGACAACGUCCUCAAUCUCCGCCACCCGCAUGCCCACGUCGAACAGCAGCGGCCCCUCACGCCCACUCACAUCAAUCACCGACCGGAACUCCUCCCGGCAGCCUUUGGCAAACCGCCAGAAGGCCUCAUGUGACCCAGCCAGUGCCGGCGGGACUCGCAGGUUGAAUUCCACAGAGCCGCCGAGAGAUGAGAGUGUGCAGGGGCGGGGCAGCGGCGAAUUCACGGCGAACCGACGCAGGUCGGUUGACAAAAGGAACCGUACCAAAGGGUUGCUCAUUCCUGAGACGUCUUGACACGCCAUAAGGGCGGCUGCGAUGAGUGCUGCCGUCACCGUGGUGCCCUCCCGCCGGCUCCUGUGCUUCAACUUCUCCAUCAGUGGUCGGCCGAGCGUCCUCAAACAGAGCUGAGUGUGCCGCUGCGACGGCGUCAAUCCCUCGCCCCUCCGUCGGUCGAGCACCAGCAUCACGGGACACACGAUGGUGGCCGUAGCCCUCACGAGGUGCUUGACGGUCUGCCAGGAGAACACCCGCCUCACAUAGUCGACAAACGGCUCCUCGAUGGACGUGUUGCCGAAGAGCAAUGCCUCCACACUCGGGGGGAAGGAGACGGAGAGAGGGGCCGGAUUGUCCGCGUGGUGUUUCGAUGAGUGUGGCUGAAUGUCGUCAAGGAGGUCCUCCAGGACGAUGUGAGCCGAGAUCUGGUCGGAGAUGGCGUGGUUGAACAGCCACACGAGAGCUGACCGGCCGGCAGAGGGGCUGUGGACAACAUGCAGCAGCCACAAUGGGGCGUCACGGGGAAACGUCACACCUGCACCCAUACAGAAAGACACGGCCAUGUUCCCUCGCAUUCGUUUCCCUCCCCGGUCUCUCUUACCGUCGAUCGUUCCCUCGACAAGCGUCCGCCACUCAUUCCUCAGCUCGGCACUAUUUCUCGCCUCGACAUCCACCCACACCACCGCCCUGUCCACCAGCUCAUCAGCAGAGGCAUCCAGCGGAUAAAACCACGGCCACUCGACACUCUGCGGCCUCGGGCAGCACUCAUCCCCCACAGGCAGGUCCCCUAUCUGCACGCGUAGCAACGGAUGCCGCAACACGACUCCCUCCAACGCACGACGGACGUCAUCACGUGUGAGCGACGAUGUCCCCGUGAGUUCGGCGACCGAGAAAUGGGCGAUUGAGAGGGGGGCAUCUCUCUCGUUGCGCUGGGUCUUGGUGAGGAGUCGCUCCCAGCUGCCGAGAGGGCGGGUGUAGGUGGGGAUGGGUGCGGCUGUGACGGGUGCGGGUGGCUGCUCCACUGCAGGCAGCUGCCUGUCCGCUGCUGCCGAGGGAAGGGGUGUGAUCUGCAUCGUUAACAGAUAACGCAUUCAUCCAUGGGCUGUGCGGUGAGUCAGAGAGAGAGAGAGCUGUAUGUGCGUGCGUGUGGGCACUGCCGUCCGUCACUCACCUGUCUGCGUUCGGGUGUUGAUGCGACGCGGUGACGAUUGGGCUGCCAUGGCUUCAGGAAUGAGCCUCGAGUGUCCAGAUCUGCACCGGUCGCACCGAGUGUGAGUGCCAGCUGCCACCAUAGCUGACAUUUCAUGAGUUUGUUC